UUAGUAUUUACAGGAUCAAUGCCGUUCACUAAACCUAUGCAACAAGGAAAAACUUCGACUACCAAGCCUAAAAUACCAAUGAGCAAAAAAAGAAAAUUAGGUACAGGCAUAACUGCCCGGGCACACACACAGGAAACUCUGAAAAAAACAAAACCAACAGAAGAACCACACAAAAAAUUUGCCAUUUAUGCUCAGAAAACCUUCCGACGCAUGAAAGCUUGGAAUCCCCCUCUAAAAAAUGCCCCUGUGAGUUUACUUGUUAAAAGUUUCGAUCACGAAGUAACAGGUACUUCAAAAGAAACAGACAAUCCAAAAAUUUUACAAAGUGGUCAAGCAUUUACCAACAAAAUUGAGCUGAAAAAUGUACAAGUGUCAGAGAAAAUCAGCUGCUGCUCUACCAGCCCGAAACUUAAAGAUUCUGAAAACCCGUAUGUCAAUGAAAGUUCAUUGAAAAGUACUCAUGUGGAUGUUUGCAAUGCAGGGGACAGAAAUCAGUCAGAGAGCAGAGACCAACACGAAGCACUGAAUUGUUCUGGAGGAAACAUUGAAUGUCCAUUGACUCAACAAGACAAAGAAAAAUCCAGAGAAAUUAUGAGAGAAAGUCAGAGAGAAAUAAUAAGCAAUCAAACUUUUGAUUUAAUACCAAUUUCUGAUCAAAAGGUGCUUAGCAAAGACAAUAAUAAUCUAAAAGCUACGGCAGACUCGGAGUUUCAAGAGCAAAGUGAUAAGAAAAUUGAAUCAGUUGAAGAACCUGAUAAUCUUUCCAGAAAAGCUUGCGUAGAUAUGAUAAGAACAAAAGCGAUCAAUUUUGUUGAAACCUCCUUUACUGAAAAAACCUAUGACGAUGAUCACUUACAGACAUUUAAAAAUGAGGAGUAUUUUAGUGCUAUCAAUAAAAAUGAGGAACUUUGUCGAGAUACGGUGCUUGGAGGACUAGACCUGGAUAAGGGAGAACUCAAGAACGUAAAUCAGGAGAAAGGAGGUGACGAUAUGCAAAAUAUUCGUGACCGAAAAGGAAAUUUACAUUUUGAUAAAACAACAAAGACAGAUGGAGAUAAAUCAUCAGAUGAACUCAGCUCUGAUGAUGACUUGGAUGACAUAGUUUCAAAAGCAAUUGAUAAAUAUAUGAACGAAGAGGUAUUAGCAAAAGGACGGGAUGAGAUUCUGGCACAAGAAAAAAUUGGGUCAUCACAAGAGACAAUAAUUUGGUCUCCACAAAAGCCAAAACCUAAGAGAUCAGUGGCAAAGAAGCAGCAAUCAAAACACUCAAAAGAAAAGACACAACAGAAUAUAUAUAAAAAUUUACAGCCAGGACCCUUUUUCCAGCAGGAAAAUUAUGAACCAAAGACAUGCAUCCAAUCAAAGAAAGAUGAAAUUAACGGGAUAAUUGAUAUUACAGAGGAAUCAGAGACAGUAAGUAGAAGCGAGAAAUCAACUGCUGUUUCAUUUGAGAACGACAGCGAAUUAGGAUAUGAUUCUGACGGAACCAUCAUAAUAGAGCCAAUCACGUGUAAUUCCACUGUUCCAGAUCAGAAUUUUAACUGUUUCUUUCAAAAAGGAGAAAACAAUCCCAGAGAUAAAAGAGUUACAGUUGAGAAUACGCAACGAAAUAUUGACACGGAAAACCAAAAAGACACCUCGGCCGAUUUUCAUAUGCAUAAGACAGAGACUUUAUUCCAAAGAGGAAAUGAAAUGGUUAAAAACUCGGAAAAAGAUUUUUCGAUGAGUGACAAAAUAUCAUGUACAGCAGGAUACUUGAAUUCCAAUGAUUAUCUUGAAGAAACAAGUCUCAGAGCUAUGGAUAAACAUACAACGGAAAACUGUUUCAAAACACAUAGUUACAUUUCUGAGUUCCAGCAUAACAAUGAAGCUGAUUUAUUUUUACAAGUUGAAGAAAGCAAUCUUUCUUUUGAAGCAUCAAAGUCGAAAUCUCCUAAUACUGAUAAGGAGAAAUUUAUUAAUGCAAAUUUAGAUCAAGCAUCUGGAAGCACACUAAGGGGCAAUCAGAAGUCAUUUUGCUUGACUGAUCAAGUAACAAAUCUGCUUGAUAAGAAUGGUUUCCAGUUGGACGAAGAAAAUUACAAAGGCUGUAAUCAGACAAGAGAGACAAAUUCUGAAGAACAUUCAAUCAUAGAUCAGUCAUCUCUAAAUAGUAAUGUGAAAGGAAACAUGGUACUACAGGUGAAUAAUAUGGAAACAGCUGAAAAACCAUAUUCAUCCAGAAAAAACUUGUCACUACUCGCGCCAGUUUCAAUUGUUGAUAAACAAAACUUAACAAAUUCUGUGAGAGCCUCCCCUCAGCAAAAACAAACAGGAAAGACAACAGAGAAAAUAUUUCGUACUUUCAAUGAUUUAUGUGAAGAUGAGUGUCUGUUUGAGCGUUCCUCUUAUUCUCUACCGAACAAAAAAAGAGAGCUUUUAAAUAAUCAAAACUUUCUUUUAAACGACACAUCAAGGACAAAGUUCAAUCAAAAACUAUUGCAGGCUAAUCAAACAUAUGUAGAUAAUAACCCCAAUGCCUGCACAUCUGAGGCCGAGGUACCGAAGGCUGAAUACCAUCUUCUAAGUCCUCUACGAAGAAACAUUGGAAAAGUAGGAAAAACUCCAAGACAAAACAAAGGAAAAAUGAAAGAGAAAUUGCGACACUUGAAAGGACUCAUGGAUCAGAGUAAAAUACAGAGGGAGAAGAAAAUAGAUGAUAUUCGAGAGCUGGUUUUUGAGACAAACAUCUACAUCUAUGAUCUGAUUGAUUCCCUGAAACCCUCGAGAAAUGGAUGAUGAGAAACAGACCAUUUUUUUAGAAAGAAACUGGACCACUCUGAUAUUCUUUGAAUAAAUUUUGAAUUGGCUAUAAAUAUCUUCUUUCUUGACUUCAUUAUUUAGAUUCAUACAAACCCUUCUCCAUUAUUGAAAAAAGUCUGAACUUGAAAUACGGUAUGCUUUGUGAUCAAUUCAAAAGACGAUAGACUUGUAUUUUUUAACUGAAUUUGAUUCAUUAAUUUUACUUUAUUUCACUUUUUUAAACAAAAUAGACUUUUGAUAAAACAAGAACAUUAACCAAAUGAAAAAGUAAAAAAGUUAUAAAUAUGUAUAUAAAAAAAAUGAGAUACAAAAAGUAAGGUUACACCUUACUGAUAAUUCUAGUAAUCUUUCUGCUGAGCUGAAAAAUUAUUCUAGACGGGAAAAUACAUUUGGUGUAUGAUUCUUAACAAGCGCUAAAAAUAAAAUUGAUCAAUUUUGUAAAAAAAAAA